AUGUCCAGGCCCUCCCUCAUCACCUUCACCCCAGCCACCAACCCCAGCGACCUCUGGAAAGAUGGGCAGCAGCAGUCACAGCCCGAAGAGCUGGAGCCCACCUUGGAUGGGGCUGCAGCCCGGGCCUUCUAUGAGGCCCUGAUUUCAGAUGAGAGCAGUGUCCCGGAAUCCCAGAGAUCUCAGCCUGAACCUGCCAGUAAGAGAAAGAGGAAGAAGAGAAGAAUGAUGAGGGAAGCUGCUUCGGGAACCUCGGGAGGACAUGGACAAAGGAGAUCCCUUGAGGCGGAGGACAAGAUGACCCAGUGGAUACUGAGGGCAGCUCAGGAGGGUGACCUGGCAGAACUAAGAAGGCUGUUGGAUCCCCGUGAGGCAGGGGGAGCCGGGGGCAAUAUCAACGCUCGGGAUGCCUUCUGGUGGACCCCCCUGAUGUGUGCUGCUCGAGCAGGCCAGGAGGCUGCUGUGCGUUAUCUCCUGGGCCGUGGAGCUGCCUGGGUGGGCGUCUGUGAGCUGGGUGGCAAGGAUGCUGCUCAGCUGGCUGAAGAAGCAGGUUUCCCUGAGGUGGCGCGCAUGGUCAGAGAGAGCCAUGGAGAGAUGAGGAGUCCAGAGAACCGGUCUCAAUCCCCCUCCCUCCGGUACUGUGAGACCUGCAAUGCCCACUUUCAAGACUCUAACCAUUACACGUCCACUGCUCACCUGCUGUCACUGCCCCAUGAUCUCAGGUCCCCCAACCUGCCCCUUGGGGUUCCCACCUCCAGCCCAGGCUUCAGGUUGCUGCUGAGGGGAGGCUGGGAGCCUGGAAUGGGGCUGGGACCUCGGGGUGAAGGCCGCACCAACCCCAUCCCCACUGUCCUCAAGAGGGACCAGGAAGGAUUAGGCUACAGAUCAGUGCCCCAACCCCGAGUCACACACUUCCUGGCUCGAGAUACUCGGGCAGUGGCUGGGAGGGAGAGAGCCCCUCGGGUGACCACACUGAGCCGGAGGGAGGAGAGAAGGCAGGAGGAGAAGGACAGGGCCUGGGAGCGGGAUCUGAGGACAUACAUGAACCUUGAGUGCUAACCUUGGUAAAGUCUGAUCCUGGUCUAUUGCUGAAGUCUGAACUUGGACCUAGGCACUCUGGUUUUUACUUCCUGGGGUCUGUCCAGGUCCCAGACCCUCAGAUUUUAGUCAGUGGGCUCUGUCUUUGGGAGAGAGGAGCUGAGAGCUGAAAAAUAAAUCAAACUUCUUCCUCUUUUGUGUUU